AUUCAACUUUAUUUCAAGACACUUACGGUUUAUACUCAUUUUAAUAUCAAAAUGAGCCAAUACCGGGCAGACAAGCAUAAGGAGAAAGAUAUUAAAUACCACGACAAACAUAUCCGCGAAAAGUUCGUUAGCGACAUCCACACAUACGUCAAGCUAGGAGAGUAUGGCAAAGCCAGCGAAUUGCUCCUCAUAGCCGUGGAGAACGGAUCCGUGCCGCCCGAGCAUAUAUGGCAACCACUAUUGGCCACUGUCAAACAUCAAAACGGACUGAAUUCCCUGGGCGCAUUCAUUGACGCAAUGGCCUAUGCGACCAGAAAAUUCCCACCCUACCUAGCCUCCAUGGAACGCAUAUUUCACGACAUCGAUCAGGGAGAUCUUACGCAGGCUUCUGCCACAUCUUUGAUAUUUACCGAGAAUCUGGGCAAUAAAUUGGCAUCGGCGCACGGGUACCGCGGCGUACUGAUUGCGUGUAUGCGGGAGUUGGAUAUUAGACGGAGAUACACGGAGAACGGGUACUUGGUUGAAUCGGACCUCCAUGUGUUCAAGCACUGCGAUCCUUCUUCGGUGGAGUUUAUGUUGACAAAGGAUGAUCGCGAUUUGGUGUCCAAGUUUUCACUUGAGGAUGCCGAAUAUCAUUUGAAACGUGCCUUGGACCUCGAUCCCGGAGCUGACAUGUUCAAGCCUUAUUACAUACAAGUGCUCAUUGCCCUUGAUUAUAUCAAACAGGCGAGGGAUAAACUCAAGUCAUACUACAAAAACAGCCCCGACAUUCACAUUCUACGAAUUAUGAUUGCCAUCGACAAGCGCGAUCUUCUCGACCAAACGGAUCAUCUAUUGGAAUACCUCGAAAGGGAUCCCUUCGCGUCAGAUGAAAAAUUCUUCACGCCAUUUAUGUCUAAACAUCUCUUGCUCUCGGACCAUACAAACACUCCGGUUGAUUUGGUCGAAAGGUUGUUCCAUAUAGUCAUAAAUCGCAUUGAGCUUGGCGAAUACACGGAGGCAAGCCCCUGGCAGUUUUUUGAAAUAAUCCUGCGCAUUUUGAAGCAAGCGGACCAUUGGAAUGUAGUGGAUGCCGCGAUGGAGCUGCGCAAUGAUUGGUGGCCCGGUAUUUAUUUCGACGGCAGCUGCCCUUUGUAUAAGGAGUUGAAUAAGGGUACUGUGAAAGUUAGAACUCGGUGCUGCAGACUUUUAUCGGGUGCUGAACAUGAUUCGAGCGAGAGCUUGGGGGAAGAAAUGGAUGUGGUCAGCGGGGACGAGGAUGCUGAGAGCGAGGAUGCUAUGAGAGAGGAUUCUGAGAGCAAGGACGUUAAGAUCCAGGACGCUAAGAGCGAGGGCGCUAAGAGCGAGGACGCUAAGAGCGAGGAUGCUAAGAAAGAGGAUUCUGAGAGUGAGGAAGAUGGCAACGACAAUGAGAAAGAAGACGAGGACGAGGACGAACCUAUCAUCUAGAGCGAAUCGUUGCAAACAAAUGCCUUUUUUUUGCUCGCGCUAAAUU